GGUGAAAAGAAAAACAAAAACAGAGAAACGUCAAAAAGUACAAUCAAACGCGUGGUUUUUCAUCUCCAAAAUUAAUUAAUUUUUCUCCUUAUUAAUCCCUGAGAUAAGUCACAAAUUGUGAGUGAAAAUCUUCAAUAAGUUGUGUAGUACCUUUUUAUUCAAUCGCUUCACAGAUUCUACAUAAAUAGUGUGUCUAUUUGAUUAAAGAAAAAUCAGUGAUUAUUGGCUCUGAAGGGGCUAGCAAUUUCUUUGUUUACGUUUGUGAAAUAUAUUUUUAAAGAAAAAUGAAUAAUUCUGAUGAUAGUGAUGAUUGGUUUAGCAAAGAUGUUGAGGAUUUCAAGGCCCCAGUGAAGAAGAAACAGGGAAAGGUAGUGAAAAAAGUGGAGAAGUUUGAGGAGAAUGAGCAGGAUGAUGCAACAGAGGAAUCAUCAAAAGCUACAAGUUCUCUUGGACCAUCGGGCUUUAUGGAAGAUUACGGUGGCAGUUACAACGUCAAAGUGCCUUCUAAAGACGUUAAGAAAAAUUCUAGUAAAAAUUCUGGGACUAAGUCUAAAGCGUCCGGGGAUUCCUCAAAAGGAUGUACCCAGAAAAUGUCAAAUAGUCAACUUCUGAAAAUGGUUAAAGAGGACCAAAUGAGUCCGUUGGACGUCUUCUUUGAUAUAAUGAUAAAUGUAGAGAGUUUCAAGGAAAAUGCUUUGGAAGAGGAUAAAUCCCACCAAACUAUAAUCUUCUUGAUUGUUAUCCUUGGGAAACUCCAUCAAGUUCCUCUGAAUUAUCACUUAGAGCACCUUAUGGGAGAGAUUCUGAAACCCGAUGAUGUGCUCAGCAAUGAUAUUCUGUCGUAUGUGAAGUACAUUGUUGAGCUCGAAGAGAAGAAGAAACCCAAUUUACUGCCAUUUUCUGACCAAGUUUGGAGGAAUUUGGAAAUUAUCUGCAAUUAUGGGAUGAGAUUUCAGGGAAAGAUCCUCUACUGGUUGUACUUUACGGAAAGUAUUUGCGAAAUUCUCGAAGGAAAGACAGAGGAAUCGCUUCAAGAGAAGUAUUUGGAAUUUUUGAAGAUUAAGGAUGAUUUGAAGAAGAAUUACUUCUUUCCUAAAUCUAUUUAUCCAAAUUUGAGAGAUUUAUAUGUAAAGGAUGAAUUGCCAGUGCCAAAUAUUAUCAAUGGAAAAUUUGAAAAUGCAAAUGAGUAUUUGGCCUUUCAUCUUUCGCAUUUACGGUCAUACUUUACGUCGAAACUCUACGAUGGUAUGCAGGAAUUCUGGAAGAUUCGACCAAAUAUAGAAUCUUCGGUCAUUUUGAAAAAUGUCAACGGUAUAAAUAUUUUUCCCCGGGUCAAAAUGUACAAGAGUUUCCCAAAAAUAAUGGCUUUCAAUGAUAAAUACUUCGUAAUAGACUUGGCGCCUUACAAUCGAGAUAGAUCUCGUAGGGUUCCAGAAGAUAUUAGGGAAGAAAUCACUUCUCGUGAUCUAGCACUAACAUCAGGAGCUCUAUUGUUCCUGUCGCCGUCUGCAGCUUUUGGAAGGCUUAUCGUUUGCGAAAUUCCGUAUUUGCCGACUGAAAUUCAACGGGAAGGCUUCCUAUUUGUAGAUAUUGUCAAAAUAGAAGUUAUCGAGGAGAGUAUCUUGGGUAGAGAUCUCUUCCUAGUGACAAUCCCUAUUUUCUUUGAGGCUAUUCAUCAGAACCUCAAAGCCCUAGAGAAGAUUUCAACAGCUACCCUUCCCAUGAAAGAAUAUUUUGUUGACUGUGAGAGCUCAGCAAUUCUUCCGGAUUAUGAGAAUCUAGAAGAGAAUGCACUGUCUCUCGAGAAGAUCAACCUCAGGGCAGAGGAGUACAGAACAGAAGAUCUCAAGACUCUCGGGAUGAAUGAAAGACAGUUUGAGGCUUUUCAAUUAGCCCUCACGAGAAAACUCAGUCUUAUUCAAGGUCCUCCCGGAACAGGAAAAUCAACAGUUGCCCUCAAUAUCGUCCAGCGUCUUCUUGCUAAUACUUCCUUAAGAAUUCUCAUUGUAACCUUCACAAAUUUCGCACUGGAUAAGCUUUUGCUGAAAUGUUCCAAGUUUACAGACAAAAUUGUGAGAAUUGGAAUUAAUUUGGUUGAUAAAGAAAUUAGAAAAUUCAUUCUGGACAGAAGUAUUGUUGAUCCUAGGCACAGUAAAAUCAACGGAAAGUCUUUCGGGCAUUAUUCCGAAGCGAUGACAAAGUUCGUUGAUACAAUGAAUGAUUGGGACAACAAAGAAGAUCCGGAAUGUGAUAUCGUGGUAAAUUUUGAGAAUCUCCGUCUGGCAACUCUGAAGCAAAAUCAAAUGUCCACUCUGAGAAUGUACUACGGUUGCAGAGAUGCAAGGAUCAUCGGGAUGACAACAACAGGAGCUGCUAAAUACCAUGAAAUGCUAGAUCUCCUGCGACCUUCCGUUGUAAUUAUUGAGGAAGCAGCUGAGGUCCCAGAGACGCACAUCAUCACUUCCUUGACAGAAUUCACGCAACAAUUGAUCCUAAUUGGGGAUCAUAAGCAGUUGGCAUAUUACAAUUUUGACAAGAAUUACCAAGGAAUUCCACUUUUUGAGAGACUUAUUGAGAAUGGAGUUAAUAACGUCCGUCUCAAUAUUCAAUACAGGAUGCAUCCCGAUAUUGCAGACUUGGUUCGAGGAACAAUUUAUGAUGAUCUCAGUGAUGGAGAAAAUGUUCAGAGCUACAGAGCUAUCAGAGGGAUUACCAGGAAUCUCUUCUGUGUCACUCACAAGAAUCUUGAAACACUGGCUAAGGAGAGAUAUGAACUUUUAAAGAGGGAAUGUCCGAUAGAUUUGGGAUCAAGGACAUCCAAGGAGAACUUCUAUGAGAUGCUCUUUGCAGUGGGAUUGGCAAACUAUCUACGACAGCAAGGAUAUUUGGCCAGUGAAAUUGUCAUCCUGACCACAUAUUCUGCCCAGCAAUUUGCCAUAAUUUCAAUUCUUGAAAAUUUUCCGCUGCUCAUGAAUGUAGAAGUGCACACAGUGGACAGUUUUCAGGGUCAGGAGAGUCGCAUUGUGAUUUUGUCGCUGGUGAGGAGCAAUGACAAAGCGGUUAUUGGCUUUCUGACCAGCGAACAUCGUCUCUGUGUUUUACUUUCAAGAGCUCAAGAAGGAUUCUAUAUUGUGGGAAAUAUGGAAAUGCUGGUGAAGAAGAGUCAAGCUUGGCGGGAGAUCAAGCAGAAAUUAAAAGCAAAAGGAGCAAUUGGGCAGAGUCUUCCGUUGAUAUGUGAACAUCAUAGACGUGAAAUGUCUGCUGGCGGUUUGGAGGACUUCCUCAAGUUCACCAGGGAUGGAUGUCCCACUGGAGAACAAUACCCACAGUCCCAUCCCAAAUCGGAAAAGCAUCCCUGUCUUGAAAUUGUUUAAAAAAAAAGCGGAAAAUUGAAUAAAAUUUAACCCAGCUGACCAAAGUUAA